CUUGUUAGAGAAAUAAACCCGGUUUAAUCACCAUCCUCGGUCUUACCGUUUCCCCACCCACGCUAUCAAACAAACCCCCGUUACAUACACCCACACCCGCAAUGCUUACUCUAUCCCACCGCCUGACCACCAUGUCUGCCGCCGUAGUCACCAUGUUAUCUUCUUCUUCAUCUUCUCUAUCCCUCAGAAACCCCAGGUCACCACUACCAUCCCCUUACAACCUCCUUCGCUCCACCAACACCCUCCCUUUCUCUCUCUCCUCUCACUCAUCUAAACUCUCACUUCGUUGUCUCGCUUCCGCUGCAAUAACCGCUACCGAUAAAAUCGCCGUUCAAAAUCCAAUCGUUGAGAUGGACGGUGAUGAAAUGACGAGGAUCAUAUGGCAGAUGAUUAAGGAUAAGCUUAUUUUUCCGUACGUAGAUUUGGAUAUUAAGUAUUUUGAUUUAGGAAUUUUGAAUCGUGAUGCUACAGAUGAUGAAGUUACUGUUGAAAGUGCUCAUGCUGCUUUGAAGUAUAAUGUUGCUGUAAAAUGUGCUACUAUCACACCUGACGAGACAAGAGUCAAGGAGUUCGGGUUGAAAUCCAUGUGGAGGAGUCCUAAUGGCACAAUCAGGAAUAUUUUAAAUGGGACGGUUUUUCGUGAACCUAUUCUAUGCAAGAAUGUUCCAAGGAUAGUUCCAGGGUGGAAGAAACCGAUCUGUAUCGGCAGGCAUGCUUUUGGUGACCAGUAUCGUGCUACAGAUACCGUUAUCAAAGGACCAGGAAAACUCAAGAUGGUUUUUGUUCCGGAGGACGGUGAAACUCCCACGGAGCUUGACGUUUUUGACUUCAAAGGUCCUGGCAUUGCGCUUGCAAUGUAUAACGUUGAUGAGUCCAUCCGUGCCUUUGCUGAAUCAUCAAUGGCAAUGGCACUUUCAAAGAAAUGGCCUCUAUAUUUAAGCACCAAAAAUACUAUUCUGAAGAAAUAUGAUGGCAGGUUUAAGGACAUCUUUCAGGAGGUAUAUGAGGAGAAUUGGAAGGAGAAAUUUGAACAGCAUUCCAUAUGGUAUGAGCAUCGGUUGAUAGAUGACAUGGUGGCUUAUGCACUGAAGAGUGACGGUGGAUACGUCUGGGCAUGCAAGAACUAUGAUGGAGAUGUACAGAGUGAUUUACUUGCCCAAGGGUUCGGUUCUCUGGGCCUAAUGACUUCUGUUUUGCUAUCAUCGGAUGGGAAAACAUUGGAAGCAGAGGCAGCCCAUGGGACUGUAACGCGUCAUUAUCGGCAACACCAAAAGGGAAAUGAAACCAGCACAAAUAGUAUUGCUUCUAUCUUUGCAUGGACAAGAGGACUUGAACAUCGAGCCAAGUUGGAUAAUAAUGAGAGAUUGGCGGAUUUCGUUCAAAAGCUUGAGAGUGCAUGUGUUGAGACAGUUGAGUCGGGAAAAAUGACCAAGGAUCUUGCCAUUCUAAUCCACGGACCCAAGGCAUCAAGGGAAUCCUACUUGAACACUGAAGAGUUCAUUGAUGCUGUUGCUCAGAAUCUAGGGUCAAAGCUUCAACCUCUUGCAGUUCAUUAAAGCAGUAACAUCUUGUUUUUGAUUGAAUGAUGCUGGUGAAGUGGUGAUGAAUAUGGAUUACAGACAACAACAAAUACAUACUACAGGGAAGCUCUUAAAAUUACAAGUCGUUGACUUUCUUUCCAAAAUAAUAUCCUUUGUUUCACAGGAUUGGUCAAAGGUAACACCUUUCGAAUUACUUCCUUUAGGGAUGGUGAAUUUGGCCAAGUUAAUUUUUAAAAGCUUUCAUUGUUCUGAUGGUGGAUGCUUCAUGCUUUUGUUUUUUGGUACCAUGACUUCGGGUAUUUACCGCUUGUGAUGCAUUGAAAUAACAGUAAUCUUGAUGGA